AAUUUGUCCCGAAACGUCGACUGUUUACCCUUUUCCAUAGAUGCUGCCUGACCUGCUGAGUUCCUCCAGCAUUUUGUGAGCGUUUUGAUAAGCGUGCUAGAUAAUCGCUUGCUUUUCAAACGUACAGUAUUGCUGGUAGUUGAUAUGUGACGUUAUUUCCUCGUAAAGCCUUCUGUUCGUAGGAAAGACAUGUAAAAAUAAAGGUAUUUCGAAUUGAACUUCAAUCCAACGACACGGGAUGUAUUCAAUCGUGGAAUUUAAGGGUCUGAAGUCCGAUUAUCAUUGUGGAUACUGUGGCCUAGUCGACGGAAAGAUAUCUGUGGGUAUGUGGGCUCAUACAAUGACUGUUCAAGACUAUCAAGAUCUAAUUGACCGAGGUUGGAGGAGGAGCGGUAUGUACAUUUAUAAGCCGGUAAUGAAUCGAACAUGUUGCCCUCAGUACACGAUAAGAUGUCGUAUUUUGGAUUUCAGACUUUCAAAAUCUGCAAAGAAGGUAUUAAAGAAAAUGACACGAUUCCUUUCCAAAGGAGAAGGAGAAAAAGAAACUGGUACUGAACCCAUGGAUUCCUGCAAUGAUGAUAAUGGAAUUGGCCAUCUACCUUCAACAUGUACCUCAGAAGUUAAUAUAGAUCUAGAGAAACCUUUGGAGAUUGUGAGCCUUGAAGAAAUACCAAAGUCACCUCAAGUGCUUCAGAAUUCUCAGACAGUCAGUGCUGAUGACGAGAAGAACCCAGGCCAAAAACAUUCAUCUGCAGUGGCAAAUGAUUUUUCUGAAUCAUUUAAAAGUGUUCCUAAGCCAGGCAGAGGAGCUGAUCCAAAUAAACCACCAUGCCGCAAAGCAAAAGAUGUUCGGAGAGAGAGAAAAUUAAAAAAGCUGCUUCAGAAACAGCAACGUAUGGAAAUGGCUGAUGUCUCCCAACAUCAAGAAGCUUCUUGUGACAACUCUAAUACUCUCUUCUUGCAACACCAUGCCCCGCAAGCAAAUCAACCAAAGUCAUUGGAAGAUUUUAUUUCUGAAUCUUUGUCUCCAGAUGCAGUCCAUAAGUUAGAGGUAAGACUAGUGAGGUCAUCUCCACCAAACUCCCAGUUCACAGCAACUUUCCAAGAGUCAUACCAGGUCUAUAAACGGUACCAGAUGGCCAUCCACCAGGACCCCCCUGAUAAACCAACUGAACACCAGGUGAAACUAGUGCCAGUUUCCUUCGAUGAUCCAGCUUUCACUGAAUCCUUUAACCAGUCAGCAACUCUGUACUCCAAGUAUCAGAUGGCUGUGCACCAUGAUUCACCUGAUGAAUGUAGUGUGUCAGAGUAUACACGAUUCCUUUGUCAGUCUCCGCUCCAGGCAGAGAACCCAGCUGAGGGUCCUGAUUCGGGUUAUGGAUCAUUUCACCAACAGUACUGGUUGGAUGGAAAGAUUAUUGCUGUGGGAGUAAUUGAUAUUCUUCCUCGUUGUGUCUCCUCGGUGUACCUUUAUUAUGAUCCAGAUUAUGCAUUCCUGUCUUUGGGUGUUUAUUCUGCAGUCAGGGAAGUUGCUUUUACAACUGAGCUACAGAAGACAGUUCCUGAUCUGUGUUAUUAUUACAUGGGCUUCUACAUCCAUUCGUGUCCUAAAAUGAAGUACAAGGGUCAGUACCAUCCAUCCGAUUUGUUGUGUCCAGAGACAUAUAGCUGGGUACCCAUUGAGAUGUGUCGGGCAAAGUUAGACCAGUCUAAGUAUAGCCGGCUAAAUGAAGAUUCAAAUGCAGAAGAUGAAAAUAGUCUCCAAAACCUGAAUAAAGUUCGGAUUCUUUACAAAAAUACAGUUAUGCCUUAUAACAUCUAUCGGAAACGGCAAAAGAGGAUUAAUGAUGAAGCUGUAGUACAACAAUAUGCAAGCCUGGUUGGGCAGGCCUGUGCAGAACGGAUGGUACUUUAUCGAAGCUAAAUACGAUAUUUUUAAAUGUUAAAGAUGUACAAUUAAAAUAACAUGGUAUAAUGAGAUAAUGCUGUGUAAUAGUAUAAGAAUGCAUAGUGUAUUAAAUACGAUUUGCACAUGUAAAUGUCUUAUACAAAAUUUGCUAUAGUAUAUUCAUAUAUUCUCAAAUUUUUCCAGACUUAUAUCAGAUUAUUUGAAUUUUCUUUGAGUAGAAUCAUAUCAUUAGCAUCUAUUUACCCCCUCACUCCACUUUCUUUAUUCAUUUCACUUACCUUGUCAUUUCUUUUCUCUUUAUUUCCAUUCUUCUUUUGUCACCUCCGUGAAGGGACAGCUGAACAAUAGCCUUAAGAAUUGCUCACGAUGGCACUUGUCCUUUGGAUAUAAGAUUGCUUUCACAGAAGCACAUUUUCUUUGCUUAUAGUGCAAUCUUUAAAUUAAUGAUUCAGAAUAUUGCAGUUUUGAACAGAGUAGAAAAUUUCGUGAUAGUCGGAGGUGGGUCCUUUAGGUGUUGUGGUGUGCUAAAAAGUUGUUGCAGCCAACUUUUCUGGUUAAUUUUUUUUAAUAUUCUGUAGUUUGGAAGUUGUACACAAUAUAAUGCCUCUGUGGCAGUUCAAAAUAAAACAGAAAAUAACAGAUUGGCUUUUAUUAUCUUAGCUCAAAUAGAAAAAGUGAUUUAUAAAAGAUUAUAUAUUGUGGCAAAAGGGAGCAGCCUUUGCAAAGGAUGUAUUUAAUUUCUGCUGUAAACUAUUUUGAGAAAUUAACAUUGGGGUAAAAAAUUCCUAUAAUUUGAUUGAUGAAUAAUGGUGUUGAAAACUGAGGAGUUAGAAGGAGAACACAGACCUAUCUACAGAACAAACAAUGGAAAAAUAAAGCAAUUAUUACAAUAUGCAUAGUUAAUAUUGUUAUAGAAAUAUUGUAUUUACAUGACAAUUCAAAAUAAAUGCAAGUGCUUCUCUGGGGUGUAUUUUAUUUUGUUUUUUUGUUUUUAUAUAUAAAGUUUUGGGGUGGGUUGGACUUUCAUUUUAGAAAUGCUAUAUAAGCAAAUUUUCAAUUUUAUAAACCGCUGUGAUUUUUGUAUCUUAAUUCAAAAAUUUAUUGAUAGAAUGCCCCAAUGACACAGUAAGCUCAUUUCACCUGUCUAUAUCAUAGGCAACCAGCUACAUAGCAAAGUACUUCUCAUGUUCGAGUUCAAAGUGCAUUUAUCAUCAAAGUAUGUAUAAGUUAUACAACCUCGAGGUUCAUCUGCUUACAGGCAGCCACAAAGCAAGAAACCUGGAAGAACCUAAUUUUUAAAAAAGACCAACACCCAAUGCAUAGAGAGAGGAAAAAAAAACAAAUCAUGCAAACAAUAAAAGAAGCAACUACAUUCAUAACAAAAGUGAGUCCAUAGAACCAAAACCCGUAGCAGGCCCAUAGCCUCAGCCUCAGUCCAUCACACAGUGGGGUAAAUCGUAGUGGAGCAGGCAGACACGAAACCCACAGCCUCAGCCUCAGUGUUGAGAGUGGAGCAGCAAGCAAAACCAGUCCAUCUGGCCAGGUGUUUAAAUUAUCCAAACACUGGAUCAUGCCCUGCACUAGGACCUGAGCCCCACUGCAUCGAUACACUCUGGGCCUGGACCCUGCCACCACAUUCUCAUCCAAACCCAACCUUUCCAAAUCGGCCCAGGGCUAAGAUCAAUCCAAACUUGCUCCAUUUUAAACCAAAUGAAUCUAAGAGUUAUAUAUGGUAACAUGUAUGUGCUUUGAUAAUAAAAUUUACUUCAAACUUUGAGCCAUAAAUCAUGUUGAACUAUCCUCAAAGCCGUUCAUGAAAAAAUGUUCGAAAUGGUGCAUGUGUUAUUAUGAGACCAUCUCCAGCUAUAUUGUUUUAUGUUUAGAUUAAGCAGAGAAUAUGUGUUGUAUUCACCAAGCCUUUUGAUGUAACAGGUGAACUGCUGUCUUAAAUGAUUUGAAUACGUGCCCAGGUGGCAAAAGGGCAUCAACUGUGGUAAUAAAGAGAAUAAAGAACAGGAGAUCCUAUGCUUUGAAAAUGCAUCUUUUGCUAUUUCAAAUCCUUGAGUAUUUUGCUAAAUUAUAUUCUCAGUCUUAUUGUAAAGGUAAACAUUGAUGUCUUCAGAGCAUCCAAACAGCUGUAUUGAUUAUAUUGUAUUUUUUUCAGUGAGAUAAUGGGUUUUCCAUUUUAUUUCAUGAGGGAAUUGUGGAGAACUUUCCAACGAACAAAACAUAAUAGAGUAUCCAUUAUACCAUUGCCAAUUCUGUUUGUAGAGAGUAUUCAAUUAAAAAAUGUGAAGUUUACAGAGACUUAUUUUCUUUUUCAAUAGAUCACAGUAUUUUUUCUGCAUUGUGUAGAAAUGUGCUAUUACAGUCACAGAGAAAAAGAAACAAAUCAUUAUAGCUGUAGAGCCUUAUUAAAUGUUUCAGGCCAGAUCAUAUUACUUU